CCGCUCCGGCCUUAAGGCCGCGCCGGGCCUCCACUGGGUGCGGGAAUCGGCGAGCGAGUGUGCUGUGCGCCUGCGCCGAGGGGCUGCGGGCCAACGUUUCUGGAGCAUGAGUCCCUCCCUCCUUCUGGCUGCCCUUUGCGUGGCAGUGGCCUCAGCCACCCCGAAGUUUGACCAGAGCCUCGAUGCACAGUGGCACCAGUGGAAGGCCACACACAGGAGGCUGUACGCCACGAAUGAAGAAGGAUGGAGGAGAGCUGUGUGGGAGAAGAACAUGAAAACCAUCCAGCUCCACAAUCACGAGUACAGCCGAGGGCAGCACGGCUUCAACAUGUCCAUGAAUGCCUUCGGGGACAUGACCAAUGAGGAAUUCAGACAGGUGAUGAAUGGAUUCCAAAGCCACAAGCACAAGAAGUCUACGAAAACCUUCCGUGCACCUCUCUUGCAUCGUCCCCCCAAGUCUGUGGAUUGGCGCGAGAAAGGCUAUGUGACUCCUGUGAAGAACCAGGGUCAGUGUGGUUCUUGCUGGGCCUUCAGUGCAACCGGUUCCCUUGAAGGACAGAUGUUCCGGAAAACUGGCAAGCUUGUUUCACUGAGUGAACAGAACCUGGUGGACUGUUCUCGGGCUCAGGGCAAUCUUGGCUGCAACGGCGGACUCAUGGACAAUGCUUUCCAGUAUGUUAAGGAUAACGGAGGCCUGGAUUCCGAGGAGUCCUACCCAUACCUCGGGACGGACACCGGUUCAUGCAAUUACAAGCCCGAGUUUUCUGUUGCCAAUGACACUGGCUUCGUGGAUGUCCCUAGCAAGGAGAAGGAGCUCAUGCUGGCAGUGGCAACUAUAGGGCCUAUCUCUGUUGCUAUUGAUGCCGGUCAUUCAUCCUUCCAGUUCUACCAUUCAGGCAUCUAUCAUGAACCAGAGUGCAGCAGUAAGGACCUGGAUCAUGGCGUGCUGGUUGUGGGCUAUGGCUAUGAAGGAACAGAUUCGAGCUCAAAUAAAUAUUGGCUUGUCAAGAACAGCUGGGGUCCAGAAUGGGGCUGGAAUGGUUACGUGAAAAUGGCCAAAGAUCAAGACAACCACUGUGGAAUCGCAACAGCAGCCAGCUAUCCUGAGGUGUGAGGGGACGGCCAGCCACCACAGGACUGAGGACAGCAUGUCUGAGGGGAAUUGAUCUUAAAACUGACCAAACUCUUAAUGUGUAAGAUAAAAUACUUGAAUCAUUGAAGAUCCAAGUUGUGAUUUAAAUUCUGUGACAUUUUUCUAAGGGUAAAAUGUUACCACUAUAAUUAGAUAUAAAUAGCUUUAUAAUGUUGAGGACUCAUUACUUAACUCUAAGACUUUUGAAUUAUCAUUUUUUAAAAGGAUGUAUAAGCUUUAUCUUUUAAAAUAAAUUUUAAUUCAAUAUGUA